UCUUACACUUGGGCGCAAAGCAAGGAUGCGUGAAAUCGUCCACAUUCAGAUCGGCCAGUGUGGUAACCAGAUUGGAGCCAAGUUCUGGGAGGUGAUUGGUGAAGAGCACGGGAUCGACUCAGCUGGCAACUACCACGGGGACAGCUCUUUGCAGCUGGAGAGGAUCAGCGUGUACUACAACGAGGCCCAUGGUAAAAAAUAUGUGCCCCGAGCAGUCUUGGUGGACCUGGAACCUGGGACAAUGGAUAGUAUCCGAUCUAGCAAAUUGGGAACCCUCUUUCAACCAGACAGUUUUGUCCAUGGUAACUCAGGGGCUGGCAACAACUGGGCGAAGGGCCACUACACGGAGGGAGCGGAACUGAUAGAAGCCGUUCUGGACGUGGUGAGGGGCGAGAGCGAGAACUGCGACUGCCUGCAGGGCUUCCAGAUCGUCCACUCCCUGGGCGGGGGCACAGGCUCUGGCAUGGGCACUCUGCUCAUGAACAAGAUCAGGGAGGAGUACCCGGACCGCAUCAUGAACUCCUUCAGCGUCAUGCCCUCCCCCAAGGUGUCCGACACGGUGGUAGAGCCCUACAACGCAGUCCUGUCCAUCCACCAGCUGAUCCAGAACGCAGACGCCUGCUUCUGCAUCGACAACGAGGCCCUCUAUGACAUCUGCUUCCGCACCCUGAAGCUGACGACGCCCACCUACGGCGACCUCAACCACCUGGUGUCCUUGACCAUGAGUGGCAUAACCACCUCCCUGCGCUUCCCGGGGCAGCUCAACGCAGACCUGCGCAAGCUGGCGGUGAACAUGGUCCCCUUCCCCCGCAUGCACUUCUUCAUGCCUGGCUUCGCCCCGCUCACGGCCCAAGGCAGCCAGCAGUACCGGGCCCUCUCGGUGGCCGAGCUCACCCAGCAGAUGUUUGACGCCCGCAACACCAUGGCUGCCUGCGACCCCCGCCGCGGUCGCUACCUGACGGUGGCCUGCAUCUUCCGGGGCAAGAUGUCCACCAGGGAAGUGGAUGAGCAGCUGCUCAACGUGCAGACCAGGAACAGCAGCUGCUUUGUGGAGUGGAUCCCCAACAACGUCAAGGUGGCGGUCUGCGACAUACCACCCCGGGGGCUGAACAUGGCUGCCACCUUUAUAGGCAACAACACGGCCAUCCAAGAGCUCUUCAACAGGGUUUCGGAGCAUUUCUCGGCUAUGUUCAGAAGGAAAGCUUUUGUGCACUGGUACACUGGUGAGGGGAUGGACAUAAACGAAUUUGUGGAAGCCGAAAGUAACAUCCAUGAUUUGGUAUCCGAGUACCAACAAUUUCAAGAUGCCAAAGCAGUUCUAGAGGAAAAUGAAGAGGUCAUGGGGGAGGCGGAAAUGGAACCAGAAGAUAAGGAACAUUAACCACGAGAAGCUGUGUGAGCCUCAGCUGCAGGGUGUGGUCACUUACACAACAGUUUCUCUGAAGAUGAGUGUUACCCUGCAGCAAUCCCAAGCCUAUUCCGCA